GUCCCGCGGCUCUAGUGCAGGAGGCGGCGCCGAGGCUCCCCCCCCUUGUGUCGCCGCGUCCGCGCCGCUCCAUCCGCAGAGCUGCCCGCUGCCGCCGUCGCAGCUGUAUGCUCCAGCCUCGCUCCGCCGCUGAACCCCCUCCGGCAGCUCCGCGGCCUCCAGCGCCUCCACCUCCUCCUGGUUCCGCUCCUCCUGCCCCCGGCGGUGGCGCCCGCACCCCGGCUGUAUGAUCAGGCUACAGUCUUCAAUGAGUAACCAUAUUCCUCAGUUCUGUGGUGUUCUUGGUCACACAUUUAUGGAGUUUCUGAAGGGCAGUGGAGACUACUGCCAGGCACAGCACGACCUGUAUGCAGACAAGUGAACUGUAGAAAUUCAUUACUACUCCACCAAGAAGCCCCCUUAAGAGUGGUUGACCAGGAUAAAGAAGUAUUGAAUUGAAUUUGGCAGAGCAUUUAACAAAAGAAUUCAGACCUGGAUGGGGUAAACCUCAGUGCACUGCCUUUCUUUUGCCUCAGUAUUACUGGAUUGAAGAAUUGCUGCUUCUUGUUAGGAGGUUCAUUUCAUUUCCCAUUGCUCCCGACUUCAUACUUCCAAGCACUGAGAAUUUCACGUGGAGUAUAGUGAAGUAGACUUCGGUUUCUCUACAUCACUUCUAUAUUAGAUUUUUUUUUUAUCCUUUCAUAAUCUUGUUGCAUGUUUAACUAAAUUAAAAUGGCCCGAAUGAACCGCCCAGCUCCUGUGGAAAUCACCUACAAGAACAUGAGAUUUCUAAUCACACACAAUCCAACCAAUGCAACCUUAAACAAAUUUAUAGAGGAACUUAAAAAAUAUGGCGUUACUACAGUGGUUAGAGUGUGUGAAGCUACUUAUGAUACUGCUCCGGUGGAAAAAGAAGGCAUUCAGGUUUUGGAUUGGCCCUUUGAUGACGGUGCACCACCAUCCAACCAGAUUGUUGAUGAUUGGCUAAACCUCCUCAAAGUUAAAUUCCGUGAAGAACCUGGUUGUUGUAUUGCUGUACACUGUGUUGCUGGUCUUGGACGAGCUCCAGUCUUAGUUGCUCUUGCACUGAUAGAAUGUGGAAUGAAGUAUGAAGAUGCAGUGCAGUUCAUAAGACAGAAACGUCGUGGAGCUUUUAAUAGCAAACAACUUCUGUACUUGGAGAAAUACCGCCCCAAGAUGCGCCUCCGUUUUAAAGACUCGAAUGGUCACCGAAAUAACUGUUGCAUUCAGUAAAACCCAGCAGCCUAUGUUACUACUUUGGGAUUAAAGGAUGGAAACUAGAAUUAAGCAGACUGCAUGCCAAAGGCAUGGAUCUGAUAUUUUUAAGUAGUAAAGGAAGCUUCCAUAGGAGUAUUUAAUAGGCUAAAAAGUUAGUAGUAAUGCAACUGUGUGUUUAGAUAAAUGUCCAUCUGUUUGGAGACCCGAUAAAUGUUUUUGCUGUACCCUAUUUCUGAGCUGUCUCCUUGUUUAUUGAUUACCAGUUGAAAUAUCCUUUAAUCAUGCCAUUGAGUCUUACCCACCUAGUUUCAACUACUAAAAAUUGGGAUACUAAAGUAAAUCAGUCUGUAGAGAAAUUAGGUGCCAAAAUACUUAGCAUAUCAGCUAUGUGUUUUUCCUUACAGAUGGGUGUAGUUUUGAUGACAUAAGAACUGUCAGCUUAUCUGGACCUUACUAUUUUUUUCUAGUCAUUUCAAUAUUGAAGAAUAUGGCCUCUAAGAUAGUCUUGCCUGCUCACUGUAUGUUUUGUCUCCCACAAUCGCACUAGAAUUAUCAGGAUUUGCACAGUGUUUUCUUUUUUUUUUUCUUCUUUUUUUUAACAAUGACUUACAGCAACUUCUUCUUCCAGUGUCUGUACUUUUCUGUUAUCUGACCUCUCCAUUUUACAACUCAUUACUCUCUGGUUACUCAUGUAGAAAAUCUUUUAAAUUGUACAGAAGCACACAAGUCUUUAAUGUCUCCAGACAAAAAGCCUUACAGUAAAAUUAAUGUUGGCACUUGAUGUGCAACUUAACAGAGGGCCUAAAAUGGUUGGGAGGGGCUAUUUAAUAUUUCUAGUAAAAUGUUGCCUUUGUCUUGUGCAGGAAGUAUAGAAUAUGCCCUUUACUUUAGUAAAUAUUUUUUUAAAACUUAGAAAUGCUUUGUUAUCGUAGCUAAAAAUUCUUAAUCAGAAAAUUUCUGAAAAAUCUUGUAGUUUCUUUUACUGUACCUAUUGAAAGUUGUUUACCAACUAUUGCUUUGUUGAAAGUGUGAUUUUUUUUCUUUUUUCUUUUGUUUGUUUUGUUUUUCCUCCUUGAGUUUCUGCUAUGACUUGGGCAGACUUCUGUAAUAUUUUGUAUGCCUUUCAAGCUGCGUAACUUAAUAUUUGGAUACUUGAUAAUUUGUUUUAUUAUGUAAUUGAUAAAAUGGUGAUGUGUAUUAAUGUUAGUUCAACCAUAUAUUUAUACUGUCUUGGGAAUGUGUGGUUAUAGUUCUGUGGGAGAAAUAAUUUUGCCAGUGUUCACCAGCUUGUAAAAUCUAGUGCGAGAGCUUAAACAUCUAAAUAAAUACUGAAAAGCACUUACAAAAUUUGCUGAAACACUCUUGAUUUUCACUUCUUGUGUACUUUAUCAGCAGUCUUAUGAUGCCUAAAUUCUAAAUCCAGGCUUUUUUUUUUUUUUUUUUUUCUUCAAAUCUGGGCCGGAGUGUCCCCUUUGCUGUAAUGUUUGCUGUUUGUUUUACUCAUAAAUAAAUGUGGACAAAAAUUAA